GUGCCACCACCUGGAUACUUAGCUCUAGGCUGUGUGGUAAAUAGUGGAAGGCAGCCACCUUCAAAUCAAGCUGUGUACUGCCUUCGUUCUGAUCUAGUAACUUCUGCAGCAUUUUCAGAUUGUAUGCACACUCUCUCGCCUGCUCCUGGAAUACUUUCUGGAUUUAGCAUCUGGCGUGUGGACAAUGUGAUUGCCACAUUCCAUGCACACAGUUCAGCGACCCAACCCACAAGAAUGGAAGCUCUUGAUUUGCAUCAUGUUCUGCUAAGGAAUCCAAACUGCUAUAUCGUUAAGGAUCUGAAUGCAGAUUCUUCUGUUCAGGGUGACCAGCCAGCUGAUCGGUUAACUCAUCGUAAGAGUACUUCCGGGUGGGAUGCUGUUAGAACUUUGUCAAGACCAAGUAGCUAUUGCACGUCUACUCCGCAUUUCGAAAGAAUAUGGUGGGAUAAAGGUGGAGAUACAAGAAGGCCAUUUUCAAUAUGGCGGCCAUUACCUCGUUUUGGGUUUGCUUCAGUUGGUGACUGUAUAACUGAAGGGCUUGAACCACCUACUCUUGGCAUUCUUUUUAAGUGUGACAACAAGAUAGUUUCUGAAAGGCCCGUACAGUUUACGAAAGUAGCCCAAAUUGACAGAAAAGGCUUUGAUGAAAUAUUCUUUUGGUAUCCAGUGGCGCCUCCUGGAUAUGUUUCUCUUGGUUGUGUUCUGACAAAAACAGAUGAAAUGCCAAGCAAGGAUUCCAUUUGCUGUCCUAAAUUGGGUCUGGUGAACCAAGCGAAUAUCUCGGAGGACCCUAUCUCCAGGUCUUCUAGCUCAAAGGGACCUAGCUGCUGGAGCAUUUGGAAAGUUGGAAAUCAGGCAUGUACGUUCCUAGCACGGCCUGAUCUGAAAAAACCCUCAGCACGAUUAGCAUACAGUAUUGCAGAUCAUGCUAAGCCAAAGGCACCCGAAAAUAUUACAGCUGAAUUGAAGCUGGGAUCUUUGUCAAUCAGCAUCCUCGACAGCUCCUGCGGAAUGGUCACACCAAUUUUCGACACAACAAUUGCAAGUAUCAAUCUUGCAACACAUGGAAGAUUUGAGACCAUUAAUGCUGUUUUGAUCUGUUCAAUUGCUGCAUCCACAUUCAAUAGACACUUGGAAGCGUGGGAGCCCUUGGUUGAGCCAUUUGAUGGGAUAUUCAAGUUGGAAACGUAUGAUACCAGCGAACAACCUCCUUCCAAAGUCGGUAAGAGGAUUCGUGUUGCUGCAACAAGUCCGUUAAAUGCCAACUUGAGUUCUGCAAAUCUUGAUUUGCUUAUUGAAACUUUAAUUUCAUGGAGAAGACAAAUUGAUAUUGAAACACGGUCUUCAAUCAGAAAUGAGGACACUGUUGAAAAUUUGAAAAUAGCUGAUGAUUUGUCUUGUUCUGCAUUGGAUGAAGAUGAUUUCCAGAGGGUAGUUUUUGAGAACAAGUUAGGAUGUGAUGUUUAUCUUAAGAAACUAGAAGAUAAUGAAAACACUAUUGAGCUGUUACAGCAUGAGAAUCACAUCUCAUUGUCGAUGCCACCUCCGAGGUUUUCUGAUAAACUAAAUGUAUUGUCCAAUUCCACGGAGGCAAGAUAUUAUGUUGUCAUACAGAUCUUUGAGUCCAAGGGCCUGCCUAUCGUAGAUGAUGGCAAUGACCAUAGCUACUUCUGUGCUUUGCGCUUGCUCAUAGGAAGUCAAACUUCUGAUCAGUACAAGGCGUUCCCACAGAGUGCCCGAACAAGAUGUGUAAAACCACUGAAAACUGACUUACAGACACAUCAUGCCAAGUGGAACGAACAUUUUAUAUUUGAAGUUCCAGAACAGGCAUCGGCUAAUUUAGAGAUUGAGGUAACUAAUCUUGCAUCAAAGGCUGGUAAAGGUGAAGUGCUUGGUUCGUUGUCAAUACCUAUUGGACGGGGCACAACAACAUUAAAACGGGCUGCUUCUAUCAGAAUCCUUCAGCAAGCUGCUGACAUCAAGCGAGUAUUGACAUGUCCCCUUACAAGGAAGGGCACAGUACUUAAUGAGGGAGACAAGAAAGGCUGUGGUGCUUUAGUACUUUCAAGUUGUUACAUAGAACGACCGACUCAAUCAAACUUACAGAGCUGGAAAGAGAGCAUAAGCAAUGCAGAGAGUAGUUUCUGGAUAGGGCUUACCCCAGAUGGUCCAUGGGAAAGUUUUACUGCAGUUCUACCACUGUCAAUCAUCCCAAAAGCACUUAAUAGUAACCACUUUGCAUUUGAGAUCACCAUGAGGAAUGGAAAAAAACAUGCAACUUUGAGGGCUCUCGCAGUUAUUGCUAAUGAUUCUGACAUAAAUAUCAGGGAAUUUGUUGCCAAGUAUACCCAGCACACUGAAUAG